AACUAAAGUGUGUUGUUUCUACCCGAGCAGAAAAUACGAGUGCACUGUCGGUCCAAGUGCAGUCAGUCAGUGCAGCAGCAGUGAACACAUUGACAGUAGCUAACGUGAGCUACUGUGUUGUGUUGUGACAGCAGCAUGAACGCCACUAAGUUUGGCCGCCUCAUGUUCGGGAUGUACAGCCGGAAGACGGUGGCGGUGGCACGGAGUGGGUUUAGCUGGACGGCAGUGUGCAGACAGCGGACACUGUGGCAGCAGAGGACCGCUCUCCCUCUGGAGACCCACAAACACACCGUGCCGUGCUACACCAGUGCUCGGUCGGCCUCCCAAACAACGGUGGACCCCGAUGAGUUGAGGAGGUUCCAGUCACUGGCCAGCAAGUGGUGGGAUGAACGGGGAGAAUUUGCAGCUCUUCAUUCCAUGAAUGACCUGAGGGUGCCUUUUAUACGGGAUAAUCUGCUGAAUGUGCACAGAGUCCGUCGUCCUGGGAAACCACUCGGAGGACUCAGAAUCCUGGAUGUGGGCUGCGGGGGCGGCCUGCUCACGGAGCCCCUAGGUCGCCUGGGAGCUGAUGUGCUGGGUAUAGAUCCAGUAGGAGACAGCAUCGGUACAGCCCAGGUGCAUUCGUCCAGGGACCCGGACUUCCGUGACCGGGUCCGCUACCGGGCCUGCACUCUGGAGGAGCUCUCAGCAGAAGAAGAGGAGGGAGGAGAGGAGGAGGAGGGGGCGGGCCGGUUCGAUGCUGUCGUGGCCUCCGAGGUGGUGGAACAUCUGGCCGACCUGGAAACAUUCGCCUCCUGCUGCAGCCGCGUGCUGAAGCCCGGCGGCUCACUCUUCAUCACCACUAUUAAUAAAACCAACCUGUCGUACUCGAUGGGUAUUGUUGCAGCCGAGCAGCUGCUGCGCAUCGUUCCCAGUGGGACGCACGACUGGGAGAAGUUCAUCAGCCCUGUAGAGCUGGAGCGCCUCCUGGAGUCCAAUGGUUUCUCAGUGCAGUCGGUCCAAGGAAUGCUGUACAACCCUGUAUCAGGAGGCUGGUGCUGGGUUAACAGCACCGCCAUCAACUACGCCCUCCACGCUGUCAAAGUGACACCCGAUCCCCACGCAGACCAGGCCGAGGAAAGCAGCUCCCACCCAGAGGACCAUGCUGCAGCCACGCACAGCUGAGCCGAAACGACUGGAGACCAAGUCGGAAAAAAAUAAUACAUUGAGACAUGUUGAGUCGUAGCUUCCCUGUGGCCAGCUGUGAUGCAACAGACUGAGGUUAUAAAAGGAAAGGGACAAACAGCCUUGAGAUAGAAUUAGAGAUGUAGUGUAGAUGCAGAGUCGCACUCACAAAAAGAUUGCUUUUGGUUUUCUGUCAGCCUUCGCUUUACUAUGAACCAGUGUUACAAACAGUUUAAGAAAUGUUUAAUGGGCUGUACAAGGCAACUGUGAAUCCUCUAAUCAUUUUCAGU